AUGACACGAACUGCAGCAACACAGCACGCUUGGGCUGUCGUCGAGCACGGCAAGCCCCUCCAAAAGAUUGAGAUUCCAAUUCCAGAGCCAGUCGGCACCGAAGUCUUGAUCAAGGUGUCGCAUUGUGGGGUCUGCCAUUCCGAUUUGCACUUCUGGGAAGGCUCGUACGAUCUGGGUGGUGGGAAGCGCUUGUAUGUGAAAGAUCGAGGCGCGAAGUUGCCUCGAGCUUUGGGCCACGAGAUUCUGGGCGCAGUGGCAAAGCUUGGACCGGAUGCUGACCCUGCAUCAAUCCCCAUUGGCGCCAGUCGAGCGGUCUACCCUUGGGUAGGUUGCCAAGAUUGCCGCCAUUGUGAGAGUGAAGAUGACAACCUAUGUCUUGGCCAGAAGAUCCGCGGUAUCUUCUCCAAUGGAGGAUUUGCCCAGUACAUCACAGUGCCUCACCCUCGAUACCUGGUUGACUACGGCAGCGUCGACCCUUCUAUCGCUUGCACUUUCGGGUGCUCAGGACUUACUGUCUUGAGCUCCAUCCAAAAGCUGAUGCCUCUUCGGCCCCAAGACCCUGUUUUGUUGAUCGGCGCUGGUGGUCUUGGAUUGAGUGGUAUAUCGAUGCUCAAAGCUCUGGGUCACGAGCGUAUAAUCACGACCGAUAUUGCAGCCGAUAAACUCGCGGCAGCCCUUUCCGCUGGCGCAACUGCAGUUGUCAACAGCAAGUCUCAAGAUCCAGUCGAGGAGAUUAUCAAGAAUGCCGGUGGACCCAUUUCAGGGGUUAUCGAUUUUGUGGGCAACAAGCAAACAGCCGAGCUUGCAAUGGCCAGUAUUGUGAAAGGAGGCAAAGUCGUCGUGGUUGGAAUCAUGGGAGGAGAGAUGAAUCUGUCACUGGUACCGUUCACCUUCGGUGCCAAAUCAAUCCUGGGCAACAUUACUGGCACACCUAAACACAUGCGUGAAGUUGCCAAAAUUGCCAACAGCGGCAAGUUGGCUCCGAUUCCUAUUACCAAAGUGCCAUGGGAGCUGGCGAACGACGCGAUUCAACGGCUCCAUGAAGGAAGAGUGACAGGAAGAUUGGUCCUUGUUCAUUAG